AAGCCGUCCAACUCGAACAAGCGGAAGCUCCUCGACGACAGCGACUCAGACUCAGACGAUGCCGGAGCAGCAAUUGGGAGCUCCGGCUUCAAGGUGAACGAGGAGUAUGCGCGCCGUUUCGAAUACAACAAGAAGCGAGAGGAGAAGCAAAGAUGUACGUGCCAAAUAGGCCUUGCAUGGAACUUGCAUGCUAACGUCCCCAAAGUGGAGGAGAAGCUCAAGAGAGAAGAGGACGACGAUGACUCCUCUUCCACAGACGAGACAGAAGACGAAGACGGUUUCCUCGCGACCGAGGAUCUGGACGCACAAAUCUCCGCCACACUACAAGCCAUUCGAAACAAAGACCCCCGCGUCUACGACAAGGAUGUUACUUUCUACCAGCCCGACGACGAGACCACCGCCGCCGCGACCAAAGAGAAGAAGGAGAAGCCUGUAUUCCUCCGCGACUAUCAGCGAGAGAAGCUGUUGAGAGGCGACAUCGGUGGAGAUGAAGAGGAGGAGGCCCCCAAGACAUACCAGCAAGAGCAGGACGCAAUCAAACAAUCACUCCUGUCCGAGAUCAACGCCGCCAAGGCCGAAGAGGACUCGGACGACUCGGACGAAGACGAAGACGGCUUCAUCAAGCGAAAAGAACCCGCAAAGACUGACUCCAACGGCGUGCACCCCUCCAGAGCAAAGGCCGUGAAGCUGUCAGAAGUCGACGUCAACAAUGCGGACAAGGACCCGGAAACGUUCCUGUCCAACUUCAUGGCGGCGCGUGCUUGGGUCCCCGAGGAUGGCUCGAGAUGGGAAGCAUUCGAGUCCGACGAUGGUGAGACCGACGACCGGGCGGAAGAGUUUGAGCAAGCCUACAACUUGCGAUUCGAAGACCCCGAGAAGAGCAACGAGGUUCUCAAGUCAUACGCCCGAGACUUUGCCGCCGCGCGAUCCGUGCGACGAGAGGAAAAGACGGGGCGAAAGCGCCAGAGAGAGCUCGAGCGCGAGAGGAAGGAGGCCGAGAAGCAGCAGCGCCGCGAGGACAAGGCGCGGUUACGAAAGCUGAAGCUCGAGGAGACCGAGGCCAAGCUCCAGAAGAUCAAGCAGGCGGCCGGGGCGCUUGGCAAGGAGCUGACGGACGAGCAGUGGAUGAAGUUUUUGGACGACGCGUGGGAGAACGACAAGUGGGAGGACGAGAUGAAGAAGUGGUUCGACGAGGAGUACUACGCCAUUAACGAGGCCAACGCCGCUUCCGAGGACGAGGAUGCGAUGGACGUGGACGGGGGAGAAGAGGGCAAGAAGAGCAACAAGAAGAAGAAACCCAAGAAGCCCAAGUGGGACGACGACAUUGACAUCAAGGACAUUAUCCCCGAUUUCGAAGACGAGGCCAAGCCCAAGAUUUCUCUCACCGACGACGAACCCCAGGACGGCGCUGAUGAGGAGGAAGACGAUGACGCUUCCGCGGAAGACGAAGAGCCCGCAGCCAAGAAGCGCAAGUCAUCAUCAGACCACAAGCGCGCCAAGCAAGAAUCCCAGAAAAAAGCCCGCCAGGAACGCUCCAAGCUGGAAGCCCUCGUCGACGCAAAGCUGCACCUGACGGACCACGACAUUCUCAAGAAGCAGGAGAAGGAGGCCAGUAACAGCAGCAGCGGCGGCGCGGGCGGGUUCCGCUACCGCGAGACGUCGCCGCAGGCGUUUGGGCUGACGGCGCGCGACAUCUUGCUUGCGCCGUCGGACAAGGUUCUCAACGAGUAUGCGGGGCUGAAGAAGCUGGCCACGUUCCGGGACGUGGAGAAGAAGCGCAAGGAUCGGAAGAUGCUUGGGAAGAAGGCCCGGUUGAGGCAGUGGCGCAGAGAAGUCUUUGGCGGCGAGUACGAGAGUACGGGGCCGACGUAUGGGUUUGAGAAGCUGGUUGGUGCGGAUGAGGCUGCGGAGGAG